AAGAUCACAAAUUACAUUUUUCAAUUUUAUUUAUUAGUUAUGACCCCUUCUGAUAAGAACUAAUUGAAUGUUCUUUGGGGAAAGUUAGCAUCUGAAAUUCUUAUUCAAAACUGGGAAACUGCUCUUGAAGAUUUAAACAAACUACGAGAGUACAUUGAUUCCAAUACAAAUAGUUCUCCAUUGGAUUUGCUACAACAACGAACAUGGUUAAUUCACUGGAGUCUAUUUGUGUUUUUCAAUCAUGUUAAGGGACGUGACCUUAUUAUUGACAUGUUUAUGUACAGGCCAAACUAUUUAAAUGCUAUUCAAACCAUGUGCCCAUACAUUCUUCGUUACUUGGCUACCGCAGUAAUCAUCAAUCGUUCAAGAAGAGCAGCUAUGAAGGAUCUUAUUGAGGAAUCAUAUACCUACCGUGAUCCUAUAACUGAACUCCUAGAAAAUCUCUACGUUAACUUUGAUUUUGAAGGAGCCAGAGACAAAUUACAAGAAUGCCAGAAUGUUCUUUUUAAUGAUUUCUUCUUGACUGCUUGCCUUGAUGAUUUUGUAGAAAAUGCUCGUUUGAUGAUUUUUGAAACUUUUUGUCGUGUACAUCAGUGUAUUAGUAUUGGUAUGUUAGCUGAGAAACUUAAUAUGAACCCAGAGGAGGCUGAAUGCUGGAUUGAGCAUCUCAUAAUUAGUGCUAAACUAGAUGCAAAAAUUGAUGAAAUACUGGGACUUGUUGUUUUAUAUACACAACCUGUUUCGCCUUACCAACACAUUUUGGAGAAAUUAGACCGAUUAUCAGUGCGAUCAGAAGCACUGCAACAAGUCAUCGAAAAAAAAUUUGAAACUAAAACUCAAGAACAUGAUCCACUUUGGUAC